CGGAUGGCACAGAAGCCGCUGCGCAUCUUGGCUUGCGGAGAUGUGGAAGGGAAGUUUGAUGUUUUAUUCAACCGAGUUCGAGCAAUUCAGAAGAAAAGUGGAAACUUCGAUCUGCUGUUGUGUGUAGGAAAUUUCUUUGGCUCCACCCCAGAUGCUGAGUGGGAGGAGUAUAAGACUGGCGGCAAGAAAGCUCCUAUCCAGACGUGUGUGCUCGGCGCCAACAACCAGGAAACAAUGAAAUAUUUCCAGGAUGAUGGGUGUGAAUUGGCUGAGAACAUUACUUAUCUAGGUCGCAAAGGUGUCUUCACUGGAAGCUCGGGGCUGCAGAUUGUGUACCUCAGUGGGACAGAGUCCUUGCAUGAGCCCGUCCCGGGUUACAGUUUCAGUCCCAAGGAUGUGUCUUCCCUGAGAACGACGUUGUGUUCCACCUCCCACUUUAAGGGUGUUGAUAUCUUGCUCACAUCCCCGUGGCCCAAGUAUGUGGGGACCUUCGGGAAUCCUUCUGGAGACGUCGACACCAAAAAAUGUGGUUCUGCUUUGGUCUCCAGUCUUGCCACAGACCUGAAGCCAAGAUACCAUUUUGCUGCUUUGGAAAAGACCUACUAUGAGAGGCUUCCAUAUCGAAACCAUAUUGUUCUACAGGAGAAUGCACAGCAUGCCACCCGGUUCAUCGCUCUGGCGAAUGCUGGAAACCCAGAAAAGAAGAAGUAUCUUUAUGCAUUCAGUAUUGUGCCCAUGAAACUGAUGGAUGCAGCAGAACUGGUAAAACAGCCUCCAGACGUCACAGAAAACCCUUACCGAAAGCUGGGGCAGGAGGCAUCCGUAGGAAAGCCAAUUCCCGCCCCUGCGGAAGAAUCGGCCUGUCAAUUUUUCUUUGAUUUGAGCGAAAAGCAGGGAAGGAAGCGUUCAUCCACAGGCAGAGAUAACAGAUCUCCUCACCCAAAGCAGCCUCGCAAACCUCCUCCGCCUCCAGGACCCUGCUGGUUUUGCCUGGCCAGCCCUGAAGUGGAGAAGCAUUUGGUGGUCAACAUUGGCACGCAUUGCUACCUCGCCCUGGCCAAAGGAGGCUUAGCCGAGGACCACGUCCUCAUCCUGCCCAUCGGACACUACCAGUCGGUGGUGGAGCUCUCGGCGGAGGUGGUGGAGGAGGUGGAGAAGUACAAGGCUACGCUGCGGCGGUUCUUCAGGAGCCGCGGGAAGCGGUGCAUUCUGUUUGAGAGGAACUACAGGAGCCAUCACCUCCAGCUGCAGGUCAUUCCUGUGCCACUCAGCUGCUGCGCCACCGAUGACAUUAAAGACGCCUUCGUCACCCAGGCACAGGAGCAGCAGAUGGAGCUGCUGGAAAUCCCAGAGCACUCUGACAUCAAGCAGAUUGCACAGCCAGGAACAGCAUAUUUUUACGUUGAACUUGACACCGGAGAGAAGCUUUUCCACAGAAUCAAAAAGAGUUUUCCUUUGCAGUUUGGAAGGGAGGUCCUGGCUAGUGAAGCCAUCCUUAAUAUUCCUGACAAGUCUGACUGGAGGCAAUGUCAGAGCAGCAAGGAAGAGGAGGAGACCCUAGCUCGUCGCUUCCGGAAAGCCUUUGAACCCUUUGACUUCACUCUGGACGAGUAAGCAAAGAGAAGUAUGCUUUAUAAACUUCACAGGAAGCGGCAGAAGCCUGCCUUUGGAGACUAGUCUCCCACGAGGACUGUUUCCUUGCCUCUUUUUCAUGCGUUCCCACGGAACUUGUCUGCAACAAGGGACCCAACAGGGACUGUUGCAGGGGAAGAGUCAUUCUCGGAUGAAAACCCUAUGGUAGAAGCAUGUCUCAUUCAGUUCCAAGAACAGCUUGUGUUUAUCAGCAUUUUCUAAGCCCUUUAAACUAGCAAAUAAAACCCAAAUGCUUUUCCAUGGU